AUGGUAACACGAAUAUCUGCCCGUAACCACGAGGAACUGAUUAGGGCUCUCUAUAGGGGCCUAAUACGAGGGCUAUACAAGACACAGAAGCUACCCAUAAUUGUCGAUACUUCCAUCGAGACUGACCCCAAUCUACUACGAGAACUCCAGAAAGUCUCAGUGAACCCGAGUCUAUAUGGAGAGUUCCUUGCCAGUGAACUCAAGUACUAUAUCAAAGAAAAAGCUGCAUCUCCAACACCCUCCUCUGUAGGGCUAUAUACUCGUCUCAGUAAGGGAGAGAGUCUAUGUGAGAUAUUUCAAGCUAUACAACAGAACCCUUCACAACCUCAGCAUUGGCAUCUGGCAAUACAACAAUUGAUCCAGUUCAGAGAUGAUCUGUUUCGUCGCCAGAAAUGGAAGGCAUUUUACUACAAAAACCGGAAACAGAUAGACGAAGAACGCAGGAAACCUCAACGUAAUAAGAGACAAGGGCGUGAACCAGGUAUGCCUACCCCAGAAAACACCAGACGGGCCUUUAAAUCCUUAAAGUCCAAUGAGCGGCUCAAGAGAUACAAAAAAGCCAUGAAGGAAAGCGAAGAAGAUGCUAAUUUUGUUGUCAGAAACUACCUCAAGAAACUCCAGCUUGAAGGUCGUAUACCCAACCCAUACAAACUACCAUAUGUAUCCGACACUUUAACAUUGCAAUCGGUCAAUCUUCCGGACCCCAAAGCACUAAUUCCUGGCUCAACCAAAACUUUUGUCAUGGAGCAGGCCUAUGACAAAGAAUACAUAGACGCUAUCAUCAAGCCAGAGGUCGAGUACCUCAUCAACACAUCGUUCAUGAAAGAUAUUGAUGAGCAAAUCAAUGUCAAGGGCCCACAAAAGCUGGUGAUUAAUUUCACUAAUGCCGGAGUUCUGGCGGCAUAUUACCUCGGGCCACAUUCUACCAAGAGCAAAAUGAAAGGCAUUGCACUUACCAUCAAACGUCUGACUAGGCUAUCUAAGGUAAGACAUGUUUGGAACAUGAAGUCUACCGAUAAAGUGGCUAUAGCCCACGAAAAGAGGGUCGGCAAUGGCUACGCUGUCCAGGGAAGCAAAGGCUAUUCAGGCGAGGAGAUCAUGUUUACGCGAGAAUACUACGAGGAGUUGAUGAAAGCUGAGGCGGACUGGGAGGCAUUAAUGGAUGAUAUCAGGAACCACGAUAACAUUGGCAAAAUGCCGCCUUUACAUGAAAGGAAAGAGCAAUACAGGAAGGUCUGGCGCAAGUCGCUUGACAUAGCAUCUGAGUACAUCGAUAAGACUCUCAAGGAAAUGUCGUCUGCUCAUCAAUUGCUGGACAGAAUCUUUCGCCAACAGGCUGCACUUCAGAAGGCAUUGGAUGAAAAGUAUGAGAAACGGGCUAAGAGGUACUCUCAGCUUCUAGAUGUUCUAAAAGAACAAGACGUCUUUAUGCAUUCAGAGAUCAUCAACUUCAAAGACCCUGUACUGAGAGGAUUUGAUGUCAAUUUGGAGGAGGAUUCCUUCAAAAACGAAAAGAAUAGAGGCGGUGUACCUGAAGUAGAACGGUUGAAUAUGGGCAAAAAGCUAGGUGACUAUCUUGCAAUGUUCAAUUUCAGGUUCUACCAAAUGGGCCGCAGGUUUCGUGAGCGCUUCAAAUUUUAG